AUGGGGAAGCGGAUGGGCCAAUUGACGUUCCGGCGGAAGAAGAAGCCCGUGUCUUCACCGCCGCCGACAAUCGAGGUGGUUAACAAUUCCAUGGUGUCGGCGAGUAAGGCGGCGCUGGGGAAGAAGAAAGCUGGAGGGGCGAGGCUUUGGAUGAGGCUAGAUCGCUGGGGACACUCCGAACUGAUCGAGUGCGAUAAAAGCGUUAUUCUGAAGCGCGUGUCAAUUCCUUCUCGGGACUUGAGGAUCCUCGGACCGAUCUUCUCUCACUCGUCCAGAAUCCUUGCAAGGGAAAAGGCCAUGGUUGUUAAUUUGGAAUUCAUAAGAGCUAUAGUUACAGCUGAAGAAGUAUUGUUACUUGAUCCUCUGCGCCAAGAGGUGCUUCCUUUUGUGGAUCAGCUGAGGCAACUUCUAUUGCAUAAAAGCUCUUCUAAUCAUGGGUCACAUCAGUUGAUUGCUCAAGACCAUGGAAUGCAAUCCCCUACUGCUGGAAAAUGGUUACCAGUUCCAGAAGCUGCUGAAGGUUUGCAAGCUGAGCUUCCUUUUGAGUUCCAGGUUUUGGAAAUCGCAUUAGAGGUGGUCUGUACAUAUUUGGAUUCUAGUGUUGCCGAACUUGAGAGAGUUGCUUACCCGGUUUUGGAUGAACUAGCCAGAAAUGUUAGCACGAAGAAUCUUGAGCGUGUGAGGAGUUUGAAAAGCAACCUCACUCGAUUGCUUGCACAGGUGCAAAGGGUGAGAGAUGAGAUCGAACAUCUUUUAGAUGAUGAUGAAGAUAUGGCCCAAUUAUAUUUAACAAGGAAGUGGAUACAGAAUCAGCAAUCGGAGGCUUCGAUGGGAGCAAUGGCGUCAAAUGGCAAUGUUCCCACUGCUCCCCAUCUCCGACGACUUAACUCUGCAAGAAGUGGUAGUUUGGUAAGCAACUAUUUAAAUGACAAUGACGUGGAGGACCUAGAAAUGUUACUUGAAGCUUACUUCAUGCAACUGGAUGGCAUUCGUAACAAGAUACUAUCUGUACGGGAAUACAUCGAUGACACAGAAGAUUAUGUUAACAUCCAACUUGACAAUCAGCGAAAUGAACUUAUUCAACUGCAAUUAACUUUGACAAUUGCAUCAUUUGCCAUAGCUGUAGAGACUAUGAUGGCUGGGUGGUUUGGGAUGAACAUCCCUUGCUCAUUGUAUAAUAUUAAUGGGAUAUUCGAGCUCACUGUUGGAAUUAUGACAGCCGCUUGUGUAUCGCUAUUUGUUCUGGUCCUAGGAUACGCCAGAUGGAAGAAGCUUCUUGGGUCGUGA